CAUCCCAUUACAAGUCAAAUAUUUGAUUUUGAGCGUUCAAAAUCUACAAGUUUCUUUUGGAAUUGUGACACCCCUAACCCUAGAGAUACUUCCCACUCAUGGCCUCCGUCACAAGCUUUUGGAUUUUCUCUCUCGCUUUUCUCCUCAUCGCUUCCCCUCUCCUCCAAGUUGCUAGGUGCCAGUCAGACUCAGAUGAAGCUGUGGAGACCACUGAAGAAGCAACUGAUAUUGGCAUCGUUGGUGAUGAUGCCCAAGACUUUGGUGAUGAGAUCUUCACUUCUGCUCCAGGAAUUGAUACAAUAUCUGUAUUUCCAAAAAAUAGCGCAAGAUUGGUAACAGCUGGAGAAGAGACUGAGCUGCUCGUCGGUGUAAAAAAUGAUGGGGAGUCAAGCAUGAAUGUUGUUGCAAUCAAGGCUAGUGUUCACCUUCCCUUUGAUCAUCGUAUGCUCGUUCAGAAUCUUACUGCUCAGGGUUUCAACAAUGGUUCUGUGCCAGCCUUAGCACAAGCUACUUUCCCAUAUUUAUUCGCAGUCAGCAAGUUCUUGCAGCCUGGAACUUUUGAUCUUGUGGGCGCCAUUGUAUAUGAGAUAGAAGACCAUCUAUAUCAAAGCACCUUCUUUAAUGGCACUAUUGAAGUUGUUGAAUCUGGUGGUUUUCUUAGUAUUGAAUCUGUUUUUCUUGUUACUCUUGGAGCUGCCCUCCUUGUCCUCCUGGGGCUAUGGAUUCAUGGUCAAGUACAAAACCUAUCUAAGAAAUCAAAGAGGGCUCCAAAAGUUGAAGUUGGGACCAGGACUACAGAUGCUUCAACAGAUGAAUGGCUAGAGGGAACUGCAUAUGCUCAGUCUCAGUCUAGCAAAUCAAAGAAGAAGAAGUAGAUAAACUAUUAUUCUCAAGUUCAGCCACACAAGACUUUACCAUGGAGUACAGAAUCCUGUAACGGAUUAGGUUUAUGAGUUUGAGAGAGCACGAGGAACUAGUUCUGAAUUUUUGGCUGAAAAACCUACCUUUCUGUUGUAGCUUAAAAGAGUUUUUCCAUUUAUUUAUUUUUCCUAAUGAAGUUGAGCUAUAUCUAAGAAAAACUAACAGGGAUCUAAGUUAGGAAGGAUACAACUUUGGAGAAAUGG